UUAGUUGCCUGGUAACGCCGUCAGUGAAGUAGCGAGAGAGGGGCAGGAGGGAGCGAGGGUGUCUCCCUGAAAUUGGUCCCGCCACUACGGUCCCCCGCUGCGGCGGCGAGGAGUGUUGGCCGGGCACAAAUCCCGCCGGUGUGCGCCGGGAUGAUGCUGGAGCAGGACACCGGGCUCUCCUUGGCCAUCGCUCAGAUCGUGCAGCGGCUGAAGGGCUCCAGCCUCCACUCCCAGCUGGAGCGGCAGGCACGGGGUAGUCUGCACAAACCAGAAAUUAAACUUGAAUCACUAAAGGAAGAUAUUAAGGAAUUUCUGAAGACCUCAGGAUGGGAAAAGAGGCUUCAGAAUGCUGUUUAUAGUGAACUCAAUGUGUUCCCUUCACCAUGUCAUCCUGCAGCACCCCCUGAGCACAUGAAAGAACCCUUAGUUUACAUGAGGAAAGCACAGGGAAGCUGGGAGAAGCGAAUUCUGAAGAGUCUAAAUAGCAUGUGUACAGAACUCAGUAUCCCAUUAGCACGAAAGAGACCUAUAGGAGAGCAAAAAGAACUUCUUAAUAAAUGGAAUGAAAUGGGAACUGAUGAGCCAGAUCUAAGUCUCUUCCGACCUGUUUAUGCACCUAAAGAUUUUCUUGAGGUACUGAUGAAUCUUCGCAACCCAAAUUAUGAAAAUGGGGAUCAGCCGAGUUUCAAAAAUCACCUGGGUCUAAUUCAGGUUCCUCUGAAAGUUAAAGAUAUCCCUGAACUGAGAGACUAUUUCAGUGAGCUAGGCUUGAAUACAGGACAGCUGGGUAUUGAUGAUUCCACACAAGUGCCUCCAGAACUCUUUGAAAAUGAACAUGUACGUGUUGGGCAGACAGUUUUAACAGAACAAGAUAGUGCUGCAGCCCAACAGUAUGUCCGUCAGGGGUGUCCAACAGCACUCCGAGCUGAAUUAUGGGCACUCAUUCUGAAUAUUUCUAAUCAGCCUGAGGACAUUUUGUACUACGAACAGCUUAAGUCCAAUGUGAUUCAGCAUGAUCUUUUAGUGGACAGCCUGAUUUACAAAGAUGUAAAGCUGACAGCGAGCAACGAUGACUACUAUUUUGUAUUUGAGGAUUAUUUGUAUCAGGUAUUACUCUGUUUUUCCCGAGAUACAUCAGUAUUGGAGCACUUUUCUUACAAUAGCGCUACUCCACCCAAAUCAUACAUACGAGGUAAAGUAAAAGAAAACUCGGCGUUGGAAGAAUAUGCUGUUUUUUAUCCACCAAAUGGUGUAAUUCCUUUUCAUGGCUUUUCAAUGUAUGUUGCUCCACUUUGUUUUCUGUACCAUGAACCUUCCAAAUUGUAUCAGAUAUUCCGUGAGAUGUAUGUGCGUUUUUUCUUCAGACUCCAUUCCAUAUCUUCUCAUCCUUCUGGCAUCGUGUCACUAUGUUUGCUGUUUGAGACCCUCCUUCAAACCCAUCUCCCUCAGCUCUUCUAUCAUCUUCGAGAAAUUGGGGCGCAACCACUACGAAUAUCGUUUAAAUGGAUGGUACGAGCGUUCUCUGGUUACUUAGCUACAGACCAACUUCUGCUUUUGUGGGACAGAAUCCUAGGAUACAAUUCUCUAGAAAUUCUCGCUGUCCUGGCAGCUGCUGUGUUUGCUUUCCGAGCAGUGAACCUGAUGGAGGUGACAUCACUGGCUGCAGCUGAAGCUGUACUUGCUGACCUUUCAACCCUGAAGGUUAUGCCUCUUCUUCAGAUCUUCCUGUUUGCCACUGUCACUUGAUCUGCUUCAAGGUAUCUGACACCACACAUCCAGUCUUUCAUUAGAAACUAAUAAUGAACUAUGCAACGUCUGCAUAAAACCAAAAUUAAACUGUAUGUAUAUGUCACUUACAGAUCAUGUUCUCUUUACAGUUAAGUGUAAGUUUUUCUACAUAUAAAAUAAUAACUUUACACACUAACCUGUGCAUUUGCAUGCUGCUGUAUUUCAACAUAACAGCAAAUAAUAUAACUGAUGAGAUAUGAGAAUGAUUACUUAUGCAUAUAAAUAACACAAAUCAAUGUAUAAAAUGCAUGUAAAAUGCAAUAAAACAAAGGUAAUGUAGUUAAAUUCUUGAUCUAAUAUGAGUGCCGUGACAGAUCCACUAAUAUCAGAUUGGAGAAAACUGACUUUCAUCUGAUUAUAACUUAUUCAAGCCCCCCACUACAAGAAUGUCAACUCAAGAGUACAGUAACACUUGAAAACAUGCUUUAACUUUUGGGAACUUUUAUCUCAUUUCCUAGGAGAAAUCAGAGAAAUGCUUCUGUUCCAUUUCUGUUUUCCAGGAGUCCUCUUCAUGUUCUUCCCCAUUUAACUUCUUUCUUUUUAAUCUAUUGAUCCCCCACAGCCUUUCUAAGAUGUCUAUCACUAAGUAUCAAAGGAUGAGAGUCUCAAAAGUGCCUGAGAGUCUUGCCUUGCAAAAAGUGCUGGAUAUAGCUUCCUCUAGAACUUGUCAAAGCCUAGCUUUAAGAGAUUGUGCUCAUCGCAACUGUCCAUGUGGAGCUGGCUAACUGGGGGAAAUUUGUUAGUUUCUAAGGUGCCACAAGUACUCCUGUUCUUUU